CAGUUUUCCUGUCAGUGUAGUAAAACAGGUCAAGGAGGAACCUGCGGUACUUCUCUUUUUCUUCGGGCUGAAAGAAAACUAAUUCGAACUGGGCUUCACAUCAUGUCUCAGGUUCGUUUUAAGGUUUCUAAGCUGGAUGAAGACGCGGCUAGUGAAGUAACUUCGGAUGCAGAAACCAAGACGUCAGCAAACCAAGAAGUGGACGAAGACCCCUCAUUCGUGAAAAUAGAAAUUGAAGAUCCAGCAACGUCUGCCAAAAACACAAGUGUGCGUCAAAAUCUCCUUGCGACCAAAGAUGGCAACUUGGCUUUGUAUGAGGAUGAAAUCCACCGAAGACCAAAAAUUUCUUCACUUUUGUCAUCCUUGGCGAAGUAUGAGGCUUCUGUACCUGCACAAGAAGAAGAUGCAGAACCAAAGAAAAAGGAGGCCAAGAUGGGUACCCUUAUGGGGGUAUACUUGCCUACCGUUCAGAAUAUCUUGGGUGUCAUCCUGUUCAUUCGUUUGUCUUGGUUGGUGGGAGUAGCUGGUGUUGUUCAAGGAUUUUUCAUUGUGCUAACUUCAUGCUGUUGUACUAUGUUAACAGCUAUCUCAAUGAGUGCUGUAGCUACUAAUGGAGUCGUUCCAGGUGGAGGUUCAUACUUUAUGAUUUCAAGAGCCCUUGGUCCAGAAUUUGGUGGUGCAGUUGGACUGCUGUUCUAUUUAGGAACGACAUUUGCAUCAUCUAUGUAUAUUCUUGGUGCAAUUGAAAUAUUGCUGACCUACAUUGCCCCAGUUAUGUCUCUGUUUGGUGAUGCUAACUCUGGAGGUGGUGCAAGCUCUUCUCUCAUGUUGAAUAACAUGCGUGUGUAUGGUACCAUCUUGCUAGUCCUGAUGGGGCUUGUGGUGUUCAUUGGUGUUAAAUAUGUCAACAAGUGUGCCUCGAUGUUCCUAGCAUGUGUCAUACUAUCAAUAUUGGCUAUAUAUGUUGGGUUUUUCUCUGCACAUGCAAGGGACCUACCAAAGAUUUGUAUUCUUGGUAAGACAGUGCUAUCCACAACUAGCUAUGAUACAUGUUCGCGUAAUGACUCUAAGUUGAUAGCAGCGUAUGGUUCAAACAGUGAAUUCUGGAACUCCACCUCUUUGAAAUACAUUGAUGGUGUUCCUGGUAUUACUGGUGGUGUGUUUGCAGGAAAUGCAAGAAGCUUUUAUGUGAAGAAGAAUGAAGUUUAUCCUGGAGUUAAAGCUGGGUCAUAUCAGGGAGAAGUCAGAUCAGAUAUCAGUACAUCUUUCUUUAUAUUACUGGCUAUCUUCUUCCCAUCUGUUACUGGAAUAAUGGCAGGAUCAAACAGGUCUGGUGAUCUCAAAGAUGCACAGAACUCAAUACCCAAGGGAACUAUUGCUGCCAUAGCAACAACAUCCUUCAUUUACUUGACAUGUGUUUUACUAUUUGGUGCCACCAUAGAAGGUGCUCUUCUAAGAGACAAGUUUGGUCGCAGUAUUGGUAGUGUAAUGGUAGUCGCUAAUAUAGCCUGGCCAACCAAAUGGGUCAUUUUGAUUGGCUCAUUCUUGUCGACAGUUGGUGCUGGUAUGCAGAGCCUGACAGGUGCACCUCGUCUUCUACAAGCAAUAGCCCGUGACAACAUCAUCCCCUUCUUGAACAUAUUCUCUGUGGCUUCCAAGUCUGGUGAACCAACUAGAGCUUUACUAUUGACUAUUUGUAUAUCAGAGAUUGGUAUCCUGAUUGCUAACCUGGACAGUGUGGCUCCUAUUAUUACCAUGUUUUUCCUGAUGUGCUAUGCAUUCGUUAACUUAGCAUGUGUGGUGCAGUCUUUACUGAAAACCCCCAACUGGCGGCCACGAUUCAAGUAUUAUCAUUGGUUUACGUCAUUCCUUGGAGUUUGCUUAUGUGUAGCCCUGAUGUUCAUAUCCAGUUGGUACUACGCAUUAGUGGCAAUGAUAAUUGCCGCUGCCGUCUAUAAAUACAUUGAGUUUCAAGGUGCCAAGAAGGAGUGGGGUGAUGGUAUCCGAGGUCUGAACCUGAGUGCUGCUCGUUACAGCUUGAUGAGGCUCGAAGAAGGCCCCACACAUACCAAGAACUGGAGGCCUGAGAUACUGAUUUUAUGUAAGCUGAACGAAGGCUAUCAGCCUCAAAGUCCACGUCUUCUCAGCCUUGCCAGUCAGCUCAAAAAGGGUAGAGGACUGUCAGUAGUUGGUUCUGUCUUGGAGGGAUCCUUUACUUACGAACAGAGAGCAAAAGAUGUUCAAUCUGCUAAAGAGAUUUUACGUCAGAACAUGAACGAUGAGAAAGUCAAAGGAUUCAUGAAGGUGAUAACUGCCGAAGACGUCAAGGAAGGAAUAUCCUAUCUGAUACAGGCUAGUGGGUUAGGUGCUUUGGAGCCAAACACAGUACUCUUAGCCUGGCCUGAGAAUUGGAGAGAAAGAGACCAAUGGAAAUCCUUUGUUCAAACGGUCAAUACCGUAGCACUUGGAGAAUCAGCUCUACUAGUUCCCCGUAAGAUCGACCUGUUCCCAGAUAACCAUGCCAGACUGGAAGGCCACAUGGACGUGUGGUGGAUCGUGCAUGAUGGUGGCAUGAUGAUACUCAUUCUAUUCCUACUCAGACAGCAUAAGGUCUGGAGGAAAUGUAAACUAAGGAUCUUCACCGUGGCGCAGCUUGAAGACAACAGUAUCCAGAUGAAGACUGAUCUCGAGACCUUUAUGUACCACCUAAGGAUCAAAGCCACUGUAGAGGUCAUUGAAAUGGUUGAUCAAGAUAUCUCUGCUUACACCUACGAGCGAACCCUCAAGAUGGAACAAAGAACACAAAUGCUCAAGGAAAUGAAGCUGACCAGGAAAGAAAGCAAACGCGAGGUUCAGAAUUUGGUCGUCAACUCUUUCCGACCUCGUUCUACCUCAUACAGCAAAGCUACACGCUCAGCAAGUGUUAAUGAGGGGCCUCGAAGCAGAAACGAAUCUAGUGUUACUCAAAGGGAUUAUGCAGUAGAGGGCUUAACCCGCCGUCCGUCAAGGGAGGACGAAGAGGUUGAAGCUGAUGAUGAUGAUAAUGAAGAAGAAGAUUCAGAACCCCAAGAGAGGAAUCUGCGUCGCAUGAAUACCGCAGUCAAGCUGAAUCAGAUCAUCAGGGAGAAGUCUGGUGGGUCUCAGCUGCUGGUCGUCAAUCUACCAGCCCCCCCUGACAACAAGGAAGAGUGGGAAAACUAUAUGGAAUUUUUGGAUGUCCUCACAGAAGGACUGGAUCGAGUAUUAAUGGUUAGGGGUGGAGGGUACGAGGUUGUGACCAUAUACUCCUAAUGUUAUCGAAAUCAGAGCUAAUGGCAAGGGACUGACGUCAUGUGGGUGGAGCCAUGCUAUUUUUACCAUAUUCAUAAUAGCAAAUGCCUUCAAACAGUUUCUUUACUUUUUAUUGUAUUGACCCAAAUGCCUCGACUUAUGACAAUUGUUUGAAAGCAAUAUCUGCUAUUACGUGACCCAGACAGAGUUAUCAUUCAAGUCGUCUGGGUUUUUGACUGGUCCAGGAAUUUGUGUUGCACGAGUUUGCGCAAAACUUUUUUCGUAGGUGAAGUGCUUGCUCGAUAUUUUUUGGGGAUUUACGGACCCCCCACCCCCCUCCACCUCAAUUAUCUAAUGGUCCGUCCCUUACAGCUUGUUGUCUCGGUCGCGUAAUUAUGAAAAUGGUAGUAAACAAGGAUAAUGCCGUGAGAGGUGUGUCGUGAUACAAUCAGUAUCAGUAAGAGCUAAUGAUCAAGGAUGGGGCUUUGGGUAAACAAGGGUAUUUAAUUGACCGCUUUUGUAUGCUAACUCAGUGGUUACAACACAAACCAUUCAUCACUAGUCCCCUGCGCCAUCUUGAAAGGUAACCGUGCCUUGGCAUCGCGACGAGGCGAACGGCGAGCUUGCAAUGAUAGAGACCUUUUUAAACACCUUGGACAACUAUUAAUAGCAUUCUGAAGCAGAUUUUAUUUUAUUUUUUCAUGGCAUUUAUUUUAUUUUAUUGAAUCUAACUUUUUAAAUCUAAUUUUAUUGCAUUGGAAUUAUAAGACUCCACAUUAUAAGAGUUAUUUAGCGAAAUUAAAUGUGGUUGUCGGGAAAGGAAAUUACCCACCCUUUAUUAGUUCAUAGUGUGAAUAUAUUGCGGAAAUUCUUUUUUUUGUUUGUUUGUUUUUUGUUUGCUUUUUGGCUUCAAGCUUGGUGAUUGGAUAGGGAGCAUUUUUUCUCUUUUGACAGAUUCAGAUCGAAGAAAACCAUUUUACAGUCACAUUUUCUGUCUUUGAAUUUGUUCAGACCAUUUAACGCUUCCCACUUAUUUUGCUAUAUUCUAUUUAUAAGUAGUAUAGAAAUGUUAUAAAAAAUAUUAUGAAAAAGUUAUUUUCGUGUUUGCAAAUUUCCAAAUAUGGUCCUAAUAAAAAAUKGCAUCGAUGAA